GGUCCAUCCAGAUUCCACAACCGUGUACAUAUCACGCCAUACAAUGUGUGGACGUCGCCAGCUCCAUUGACCAAUUGGCCUUUUUCCGGUCCCUUAUGCCUUGUAAAUGAGGUGCUUUAUUGCGUUAUCUCAUUCUUCUUCAUUACCGAUUGGAGCGAACUAAUAAUUGACGUUAAUCCACUAUAGCAGCUUCCUUUGACAUCACCUAUAAAAUCUAGCGUACAGCAAAACAAUCUUUCAGUCGCUUAAUCCCCAAAUAUCUCCACCAUGUCUUUGCAAUCUGCGCAUUGCGGAACGCUCGGCCUGACCGUCUCACCCGAUACACCAAACCUAACAUCAAUCAGCGGUUACAGCCACUACUACACGUCUCCAGAAUCCUCUCAGCUGGCCGGUGCAGGAGGCAAAGAUAUCCCCUUGAACCUAUCUUUUGAAAUUGCAGAAGAUGAUGAGGGUAUUUUCAUCUCGAAGGCAGCUGCGGUUUGGCAGGGUGCUAUUCCCAAGAGAGCAAUCAUUCCCCUUCCUGCUCGAGCACGCGCGAUGCCCACAGGCACCGUUCAAGGUCAUGCUGCCACUCGUCUGGUCGAUCCCAUUUCCUGCGAUGGCACCACCAUGUCACACGACAUGCAAAUUUGCACCGAUGAAGUGGCGCAAGAGCAUCAAGGUAUUCCCGACAUAUUUCAGAGUAUCUCGGCGACACCAGGUCUUCGAUCAUGGAGUUUUGAGGAACUCCGUACAGAAUGCUACUCACAAUCUCGUCUUGCGACUGGCGCCGCUCCGCAAGCAGUUCCUCCUGGCGCGCCGUCCUGGACGAUCAUUCCCCCAGCCUUCACUCCCUACAAAGUGAUGACUUAGUUUAGAUGCUUCCAAUUGUGCGGUAGUUAUGCGUGGUAGUUUGAUCUCAAGUGUGUACAAGUUUAUAAUGUGUA